GGAAAAUAAACCGCAACCGUUGCUGCUGCUGAGCUGGACCAGCGCUCCACAAGCUGGGCGCGUUCACAGGGGCCGUGGAUGUGAGAGGAAAAAGAAAAGUUUCUUUAAGCGCGUCUGCCAGAGGAAGUGAGUUUGCAGUCCCGUUAUAAAGAGCGCACCAUGAGGACUCGACUGUGCUGAUCUCUGAGGCACCAAAGCUGUUUCUGCAGAAAGGUUAUUUUUUACAAGGUAUCUGAGUCUUCGCUAUGCCGCCCCCGGCUCCCCCGCCACCGCCGCCUCCACCCGGCCCCCCGCCGCCUCCACCCGGCCCCCUGCCGCCGCCUCCUCCCUCCGCCGCCCUGCCGCAGUGCCCUUUGGAGCUCCAGUCUGGCGGAGGAGGUGGAAGAAACGCUCUGUUGGCCGACAUCCAGAAAGGCGCCAAACUCAGGAAAGUCACGCAGGUCAACGACCGGAGUGCUCCUUCAGUUGAUAAGUCCAAGACAAAUACAGGAGAUGUUGGCUCUUCUCAGAACCAAUCAGCUGGGAUUGGUCCCACAGGACCUUCUCUAGGUGGAUUGUUUGCUGCAGGGUUUCCCACUCUCAGACCUAUUGGUCACAGAGACUUACCAAGCAAGACCCAAGUGUCUCGGUCGAGCUCCUCAGCCUCCUUGAGGCCGCAGUGGAACCCUCCUACCUCGGCGGACUCGAGCAGCCUUCCAGAGUCUCCCAAGACGGCAGAGAUCCAAAACUCCUUCCAACGUGUUCUCACUUCCUCCGCCUCUGCUCCACCCUCCCCCUCUCACGGCAGCAAGCUCCCUCCACCUUUCCCGGCGUCCUCACCACCCACGCCUCCGCCCGCCCCUCCCUCUGUGCCUCCACCUCCUCCGCCGCCUCAGGCUGAACGACCAGCCAACAAGCCGCCUUCCCUUCCCUCCUGCCCGCCUCCUCCCCCUCCAUCCCACGUCACCAGGCCAACAUGGCUACCUGUUCAACAUUCUCACCCUACAUCCUUUCCCCAGCCAUCGACUCCUCCUCCUCCACCUCCCCCUCUCACACACCCGCCUCCUUCAUCCAUCCCAGACCGCUCGUCAGGUUACUUCUUCUACUCUCCGCCUCCCAUGUCUGAACCGUCCAGGUUCCCCAUUCUGCGUGAUAGCCCCCUGGGACCUCCUCCACCUCCUCCUCCCCCACCUUUACCAAUGCCCUUCACCCCAAGCUGCCCAACCACCCUUCCACCACCACCACCCAAAGUGGCCCCGGUGCCCUCGCCAGCCAUGCGCUCGCUGCCACCGUCAUACCCUUGCAACGUUCCCACUCGGCGCCCGCCGGCUGUGCCCAGAAGUUUAGGUGUGGGUCGGCUGCUGGCUCCUCCACCGGCUCCUCCGGCACGUUCCCCCACCACAGAGUUGUCCAACCGCAUUCUUCCCCCUCCGCCUCCUCCUCCACCUCCAUUCAGCCUUAGGAAUGGACACCUCCACAGUCCGGCAGACGACUUUGAAUCCAAGUUCCAGUUCCACUCUGUAGAAGACUUCCCGCCGCCCGAGGAAUUCAAGCCUUUCCCUCGCGUUUACCCAAGCAAAGAAAACAGAGGUAGUCUCUCUGGACACAUGCAGGACCGGGCCCCUUUUCCACAUUUUGUCAUUGCACAACCACAAACUCUAAAGCUAUUUCAGGGGGAUUUGAUAGGGCACACAUACGUCAAGUAGUGCAUCAUCGUGGAGUUGAAUGAGAAUGUAGCACAGCCACAUAUAAUUGUAGCCUCUGUGUAGUUCUCAGAAGUGAACAUUUGCAAACAAACGGCAUCGUGAAACUCAAAGGACAAACCAGACAUUGUGGAGAAGUUUAGCGCAGAGUUAGCUUAUAAAACCCUACCCAGGCUUUAAAGCAUCUGGUAAAACACUGGAGAGAAAGUGUGAAAAGGUUCUACUUUUUCAAGACACUAAAUUAUGUUCACACUAUCUCCCAGCUCUGUGGUCUCGUUUGUUGCUUUGUCUUUCAGUGAACCCAAAGGCACCUGGGAUCAGGACACACCUCAGAUGAGUCACUGAGCCUCCGACUCCUUUCUCACUGCUCCUCGGUCGGCCGUUUGACGGCUCCAGACACUCACAAAACGGACACAGAGACUCACUUAUUCCUGUUGCGUUUGCGUAUUCUGCGUCAGCGUCAAACAGGGUCCAGCCUUAUUCUGACUGUGCGACCUCUGACCUUUUUCAGCUCGGAAUGUUUUCAAUGCGUGUGAGGAGGAGGGCUCGACAGACUAGAUACAGUCUCUACACACCAAGUCGUGGGACACAGUCUUCCAUCACUUUCUUUUUUAUUUUUUUUUUACAUUUUUAUCGAUUUACACACUAAUGGAAGGACUGAAAAGUUUGAUUUUUGUCAUCCUGUUACCUCAACUAUAUAUUGUUUACUACAUUAAUAGUCGCAGCUUUUCAAAGACAUACAAACUUGUUUUUGUCCAAGAGUUAUGCCGCAUUUAAAUCAAACUUUAAGUAGAAUUUUGUAAAUUUCAUUUUCUUGUCAUUUCUAAAUGGUCAAGAGAGACACACACACAUGCACAUUUUAGUGGAUGUGCUGAAUUUUGGAGUAAGAAACAAGGUUCUAUGUACAUCUUUUAUGAUUAUUCAGUCUUACCUGUUUGCUUGGAAGUUUUUGCAUCCAGCAUAGUGGUGCUCCUUUGUGUUAAUGUGACUUUCAUUUUUAGAGAAACGACUGAGCCUGACAUGCAAGGAUGGACUAAAAGGAUGUUUGGGAUUAAGAGUGUAUGAGCAGAUAAUACAUGAGUUCAGCUGUUUUCCUCGUUCCGGUAGCAGCUAGCACAAAGUUUAAAAGCUGGGAGGACAGUGCCAUCUGCUGGUCAAAUGUGAAAGUAUCAGCAAAUGAACCAAACUUUGUUGCAAACGAUUUUCUUGAUGUGUGUCUACUCCAUUUCUGAGUAUGUCUACAGUGGAAGACUGACCACAAGCACUGAACAAAAGUAUUUGGAAAUAAAACAAACUGUGCAGUAUUGGAUGCACCAUCUACAAA